UGCGGGACCAUAGUGGGCAUUUGGUGGCGGUGUAUGGAAUAAGCGAUAGGCUCUGUACAGAUUGCCACUCGAUUUUACCGUAUUUGUCUCGGUGGUGAUCGAAUUAGCGCCGGCGGUAGUUAGUGGAAGUGGCAUCAAAUGAUACAAUCCAAUCCUGAUAGCUAAAAACAAGGCCAAUAUGGUCGUUAGCCAUCUGGCAUAUCCCACCUCGAGGUCAGCGUCGAAGGUAGUCAAACUCGAUGUUCGGCCCGACACCACGGUACGCGAAUUCGUCAACCUGCUUGUGAACCAAAAGCGCCACCAGUAUGAGUUCAACAGCGAUGGCCAAGGCUGCAGAUAUUGGACCGACCAUCAGAUUGAUCUCUUUCGGAGUUGCGGUCUCGUGGUUAACGGGGCCCAAAUCAUAGAGGCCAAAAAUGCUAUUCUUACGCAGUACCCUAGUGGAAAUCAAUACCCUCUCGUGGUCGGCCCCUACUAUUGAUGAUUCCCUAUUGUCUUGCGAAACUGCUUGAAUCUGUGUUCCUUUUGAACUUGUUGCAUGGCCGUGUUUGUGUCUCCUGACCUCCUAGCGAGACCUAUUCUGUUUUGGCGGGCUUAAUUGCUGGUUGAAUACAGAGCUUCACUGUUCGGCUGUCGUCUCAAAGCUCUAUCUGUACUUAGUUAUUCACUAUCAAUGUCUUGCAAUACAAUGUGUGUGUGU